AUUCUCACGCGUCGAAACCUAAAAGCCAUCGUCAUUGUCGUAGUUUCUACCGCCGCUGCUGCCACCGCCUUCAUCAUCUUCUUCUUCUCACCUUAUCGUGCCCGCCCGCCGCUACCGCCGCCGCUUCCACCGCCGUUGCUGCCUUCUCUUCUUCUUCUUCUCGCCCUGUUGUGCCUGCCCGCCGCUACCACCGCUUCCACUGCUUUCUUCUUCUUCUUCUUCUUCUUCUUCUCGCCUUGUCAUGCCCACCCCGUGAGUUGCCCGAUCAGGCCACGCCGGAGCGCCGAUUCAUCCAGAGUACCAAUCAACAACUUCUGCAAUAGAUAUGACAAGUUCUGCCCAUUCUACAAAUUAGUUUGGAUGAUGCGUAACAUUAUUCACUUCAACACUUUGGCGAAUCAGGCCGUCGAGAGAGGAGCAGGUUCUGAUGGUCAAAAGAUCACUUAUAGCAUCAUCAAGCAUUGAUUAGGUGACCUCUUCUAUCGAUUAGUGUAAGUAGUAGACCUUUAAGACCCUAUUUGUGCAAGUUGGUCGUAAAGUGGCUGCUAAUUGAAGGCUCGAUUAUGUUAUUUGCCUUCGUCAGGUCCCAAAAGUUUGAAGAC